GUGGCCGACGCCAACUUUGACACCCUCAUGGUGAAGCUCAAGGGCUUCUUCCAGAACGCCAAGGCCAACAAGAUCGAGAGCCGCGGCACCCGCUACCAGUACUGCGACUUCCUGGUGAAACUGGGCACCGUCACCAUGGGGCCCAGCGCCAGGGGCAUAUCCGUGGAGGUGGAAUACUGCCCCUGUGUGAUCGCCAACGACUGCUGGAACCUGCUCAUGGAGUUCAUGCAGAGCUUCAUGGGCAGCCACACGCCCGGGAUCCCGUCGGUGUUCGGGGCCAAGCACGACAGCGUGUACAGCCCCGGGGACACCAUGGUGCAGUACAUGGAGCUCUUCAACAAGAUCCGCAAGCAGCAGCAGGUGCCUGUGGCUGGCAUCAGGUGAGGGGAUUCCCUGGAGCCGCUCUGGAUUCAUCCUCCCUGCUGCCUGCCCAGCGGGAUCGGCAGUCCCUCCGACACGCGGCACGGGACGGCUUUUUCCUCCUGCAUCUCCUUCCCCUGGUUCAAAGCCGAGUUUUCUAGUGCUGGGUGUGUUUCUGGUUGUUCUCCGUGGUUUGGAGCGCGUCUGGGGUUGGAUCCGUGGCUCUGUGGUUCUCUGGGCGAUGCUUCAGGCGAGGAAUCAGUGUCCAUCAGCGGGAAAUUGCAGAAAAAGGAGAAAUUCCAGCCAAGCACAAGGGCAGAGCUUCUGUGACUGCAAACAGCUACGGAACAGAGCUUUUAACUUUUAAUUUUUUUUUUUUUAGUAUCCACAUAAAAGUGUCUUCUUGUAUUUCACCCCAAUAAAACUGUAUUUUUGGAG